AUGGGAAACAUCACGUUUUAUCAGUGUCGCGGGAUCUUGGGCCUUGAGGCCCAAGGCUCUUUUUGCUAUGAAGGAGGUAGCCAAAGCCCCUCAACCAGAGAGGGAGGGACGUCUACCACGAAAGUGGGGGAGGAGGGGCGGCGGUGUCUCAGUCCCAAGGCCUCUGAGCAUGCGCGAACACUGCGGCGCCGAAGGGGCGUGGCCUGCUGCCCGUGCGCAGGCGCACCAGUUCCGGCCUGUGGCGGGGGUGAUCGGGGGAAUGGGCGUAAUCACGGAAGUCCGGUGUUGGGUCAAUCGGAGCGGAGGGCUGGUGUUCCUUGUACGCUGCUCGGCACGUGGCCUGGUGCCUGGCCCUGGCAGCCCGGCAGCCCGGCAGCCCUGGAGCCGCCGGGCUCAGUCGCUGAGGGCGUCUCGUCCCUGACGAUUGUCGACGCGUUCGUCAGCGCAGGCAGGAGCCCCGCCCCGCUGCUCCCUGUGCAUCCCAGGAGGUUCAUCUGCUCCUUCCCGAACUGCAGCGCCAGUUACAACAAGGCCUGGAAGUUAGACGCUCACCUGUGCAAGCACACGGGGGAGAGACCGUUCGUUUGUGACCACGAGGGGUGUGGCAAAGCCUUUGUCAGAGACUACCACCUGAGCCGGCAUGCCCUGCUUCACACUGGAGAAAAGCCCUUUGCGCCUGACUCUUCAUUGGAAUGGCUGUUUUCUUUGUCUCUGCACUGGCCCUCUCCCACAUUAUUCUCCAGUUGUACAGCGAGUGGCUGUGACCAAAAAUUCAACACAAAAUCAAACUUGAAGAAACAUUAUGAACGCAUACAUGAAAAUCAGCAAAAACAAUAUGUAUGCCCUUUUGAAGGCUGUAAGAAGACCUUCAGGAAACACCAGCAGCUGAAGGCCCACCAGUGCCAGCACAGCGACGAGCCGCUGUUCACGUGCACCCACGAAGGCUGUGGAAAACACUUUGCUUCGCCCAGCAGGCUGAAACGCCACGGGAAGGUCCACGAGGGUUAUAAAUGUCAAAAAGGAUGCUACUUUGUGGCAAAGACCUGGACAGAGCUUCUGAAACAUGUGAGAACAACCCAUAAAGAGGAGGUGGUGUGUGAAGUAUGCCAGAAAACUUUUAAACGCAAAGAUUAUCUGAAGCAACAUAUGAAAACACAUAAUGCAGAGAGGAGUGUGUGUCGAUGUCCCAGGGAAGGCUGUGGUAGAACCUACACAACUGUGUUCAACCUGCAGAGCCACAUUCUGUCUUUUCACGAGGAGCAGCGUCCGUUUGCGUGUGAACAUGCUGGCUGUGGCAAAACGUUCGCGAUGAAACAAAGCCUCACUAGGCAUGCUGUUGUUCAUGAUCCUGACAAGAGGAAAAUGAAGCUUAAAGUAAAGCAGACUCGUGAGAGACGGAGUUUAGCUUCCCGACUCAGUGGCUACAUCCCUCCUAAGGGGAGACGGGAGCAUAGCCUGUCUUUGCCGCAGCCCGGACAGCUGCUGAGCCGCGCGGGGGACGAGGUGCUCUCCACGGUCGCCGUGCUCGCCCUCAGCUGAACGCCCAGGUGUCCCCACCGACCAGCAGCUCGCUUACAGGCAGAGCUCAGACAGUGCAUGCGUGGGAUCCUAGCCACCGCAGCACAGCUCGUAGUGGGAAAAAGUGAGUUGAGAUGUUUCUGCUGGUGAAGGGUCUUGCCUUCAAUUUGUAAAAAAGGCAACAUCUGUAAAACAAUAAAGCACAAUAAAACAAGGCAUGCCUGCACAGUGUUA